AUGAAGCUAGUUAAGAAACGAAUUGAAAAAGAUCGCUCGGGAUUUGUUGAGCUUUAUCCCGAAGAACUUGAGGACAUGUGGCACGUUUAUAAUCUAAUUUCAUUAGGCGAUAAUUUGAAAGCCACGACCAUACGGCGUGUUCAAAAUGAAAGUAAUACUGGUUCAGUAGAGUCACAGCGAGUUAGACUUACUUUAACCAUAACAGUGGAGGAUGUGGAUUUUGAUCCACAAGGUGGUCUAUUGAGAAUUAGGGGACGUAAUAUAGUCGAAAAUAAAUAUGUCAAAAUGGGCAUGUAUCAUACGAUUGAUCUUGAAUUAAAUCGAAAUUUUACACUGUUUAAACCAGAAUGGGAUAUUAUUGCACUUGAACGUAUUGAAGAAGCAUGCGAUAUCACUAAGCAGGCUGACGUUGCUGCAGACCAACUUUACGAAUAUAUAUUUACUGAGGCAUUGAGACAAGAUAUUAGAUCGUUAGUGGAAAAUAAAUCCAAGUUUAUCCUUAUUCAUUGCUCAUCGGGUCAUAAACAUUCACUUCAAGAAGUAUUACAAGAUUCAGCUGUGCAAAGUCAACUAACAGACACAAAGUUCGCAAGGGAAAUUGUUGCUCUAGAUAAGUUUUUCAAAAUGCUUAAUGAUGACCCUGACAGAGCCUUCUAUGGGUGGGAUCACGUAAGAAAAGCAGAGGAAAGGGGUGCUAUCGGAACUUUACUUCUUUCUGAUGAAUUAUUUAGGUCUGCAGACAUUCCAACUCGUAAAAAGUACAUUAAUCUUGUGGAAUCAGUUCGUUCAAUUGGUGGCAAAGUGUUAAUAUUUUCAAGUUUACAUGUUUCAGGAGAGCAACUUAAUCAACUCACGGGAGUAGCUGCAAUUCUUAACUUUCCAUUACCGGACAUUGAAUUAGAGGAGGAAGAAAAUCAGAGUUGA